AUGGUAGGUGCUUCUAGGAUGCGAGGGAAUGACACAGAUCAACUUGCUUUGCUUGCAUUCAAGGCCAACAUCAUUGAUGAUCCAUUUCAAGUAUUGAGCACAUGGAAUGCAUCGAUCCACUUCUGCGAAUGGCAAGGAGUUACAUGUGGCAGGCGCCACCAAAGGGUCACCAUGUUGGACCUAGGAUCCAAGAAAUUGACUGGGUCAAUACCCCCACAAAUCGGGAAUCUAAGUUUUCUUAGAAAACUCGAUCUUCAGAACAACAGUUUUGUUCAUGAAAUCCCCCCUGAACUUGGACGCUUGCCCAGAUUGGAAAUUUUAAUGCUACAAUAUAACUCCUUUAGUGGCAAAAUAUCUGCCAAUUUAUCUAGAUGCUCUAAUCUUCUUGAAUUCUAUGUUUAUCGCAACAAACUGGGAGGGGCAAUUCCUGCAGAGCUAGGCUUGUUGUCCAAGCUCAAAAUUUUUUAUAUGGCUUUCAAUGAUCUAACUGGCGAUAUCCCUCAUUCCUUCAUGAACUUAACAUCUCUUAAGAUGCUUUAUGCAACUGGAAAUAAUUUUGGUGGGCAUAUCCCCGACGGUCUUGGCCAACUGACCAAUCUAACAACAAUUGCAAUUAGCUUAAAUAUGUUGUCUGGUACUAUCCCUCCCUCAAUCUUCAAUCUCUCUUCUCUAGCAGUUCUUGACGUGGGGGCAAAUAACAUCCAUGGCAGCCUUCCCUCAAAUAUAGGCAUCACACUUCCAAAUAUUCAAUUUCUUGGCUUUAGUGAUAACCAAUUUAUUGGGUCAAUCCCUAAUUCAAUAGCCAAUGCCUCGAACCUGGAAGUUUUACAAAUUGAUGACAACAAUUUUACAGGAAAAGUGCCUACCAUGGGAAACCUAUAUAAGCUUGGGGUUGCAUUGUUUGACAAUAAUAGUCUUGGAAGUGGUGGACCUGACGACUUACACUUUCUCUCUUCUCUGACAAAUGCCACGGAGUUAAGAGCGUUGACUAUGGACAUUAAUAAGUUUGGUGGCAAACUUCCUGAAUCCAUCAACAACUUGUCAACGGUACUCGAAUUAUUCAGUUUUAGCGAGAAUUAUAUACUUGGAAGCAUCUCAACUGGCAUAGGAAAUCUCAUUAGCUUGAAUUCUCUAUCCAUGUCAGGCAACCAACUCACAGGUUAUUGGUCUGUCAUCCUUAUCAGUGAAUCUAAACUUGUCUCGAAACCAUUUGAGUGGAUCUCUCCCUUGGAGGUUGGAAACUUGAAAAAUUUAAAUGCCCUGGAUGUUUCUGAGAACAUGUUAUCGGGUGAAAUUCCUAGCACACUUGGUAGUUGUGUAAUGUUGGAAUUCCUCUACAUGCAAGGCAACUCCUUCCAAGGGUCUAUGCCUUCAACUUUAAGUUUCUUGAAAGGUAUUCAAGAAUUAGAUCUUUCACGCAACAAUUUGUCAGGAAAAAUUCCUGAAUAUCUGACAGGCUUUCAGCUGAAGAAAUUAAACCUAUCCUUUAAUGAUUUUGAUGGUGUGGUACCAAUCAAAGGCAUCUUCAAGAAUGCGAGUGCAACUUUCCUUAUGAGAAAUCCUAAGUUAUGUGGGGGUGUCCUUGAAUUGAAAUUGCCUAAAUGCAACUUCAAAGAAUUGAAGAAAAGUAGGUCAACUUUAAUCGUUAAAUUACUAGUGCCAUUGUCUUGUGGCCUUCUAGGAGUAAUUUUGGCACUGUGCGUUUUAUAUCUUUGUUGCUUCAGGAAGUCAAGAACAGAGAUAUCUUAUGCUAUACCAGAGAAUUCACUUUUGAAAGUUUCUUAUCAAAGCCUUCUUAAAGCUACUAAUGGAUUUUCUUUAGAAAAUUUAAUGGGUGCAGGAAGUUUUGGUUCUGUGUAUAAAGGAGUUCUUGAUCAGGAUGAUGGUACUGUUGUUGCCGUAAAGGUACUUAACCUUUCGCGCCAAGGGGCUUUCAGGAGUUUUAUUGCUGAGUGUGAGGCCUUGAGGAACAUUAGGCAUCGAAAUCUUGUUAAGGUAGUCACUGCUUGUUCGGGUGUUGAUUACCAAGGGAAUGAUUUCAAGGCAUUGGUUUAUGAGUUCAUGUCCAAUGGGAACCUAGAAGAGUGGUUGUAUCCAAUUCAACAAGAAUAUGAGGCAAACGAGGAACCCAUGAAGUUAAGUCUAUUUCAGAGAUUAAAUAUUGCCAUAGAUGUUGCUUCUGCCCUAAAUUAUCUUCACCAUGACUGCCAGAGUCCAAUAAUUCACUGUGAUUUGAAGCCAAGCAACAUUCUUCUAAACAAUGAGAUGACUGCACAUGUUGGUGACUUUGGCUUAGCACAAUUUCGUCUAAAUGCUUGCUCUGUGAAUUAUAGUUCUAUUGGACUAAAAGGAUCCAUUGGCUAUGUUGCACCAGAAUAUGGCAUGGGGAGUGAGGCAUCGACUCAUGGGGAUGUGUACAGCUAUGGCAUCCUAUUGUUGGAAAUGUUUGCAGGAAAGAGACCCACUGAUGAGAUGUUUGAUGAUAGUUUAAACCUUCAUAAUUAUAUUAGGAUGGCGUUGCCAGAAAGAGUAGCAGAUGUUUCUGAACCAAGGCUUCUUCUACUUGGAGAAGAGGGGGAGAUGAGAACAAAUCCCCAACCUCAUGAUCAGAGCCAUGCUAAUAGUUACAAGAUUCGGGAGUGCUUGAUUUCUGUCUUUGGAGUUGGAAUCGCAUGUUCAGAAGAAAGUCCAAGUGAACGAUUGGACACCAGUGAAAUUGUAGCCAAUUUGCUGAACAUCAAGAACAAAUUAAUGGGAACUGAAAACAUACGAGGGAGAAGAGGAAUUCAAAUAUAA